AUGGCACCUCCAGCGACAGCACCGUACGACUGGAUCCUCGCGAUUACCACCAUCGCAUUUUGCUUCAGCUCCUUCGGUAACGGAGCCAACGAUGUCGCCAACAGUUAUGCCACCUCCGUGGCAGCUCGAACUCUCACAAUGCCGCAAGUGGGUUUCCUCUCGAUGAUCACGGAAUUUGUUGGCGCCGUGGGUCUUGGUGCUCGCGUCACCAGCACCAUCAAAAACGGCAUCAUCACUAUAGAGCGUUUCGAGGACGAUCCGGCAGUGUUGAUGUUGGCCAUGGGCUGUGCCGAAGUAGGCAGUGCCACAUGGCUGAUGGUUGCAACUCGUCUAGGAUUCCCCGUGUCCACCACUCAAACAGUGGUGGGUGCUCUGGUCGGUGUGGGAUUUGCUACUGAUGCAGCGAUCAAAUGGGCAUGGGAGGACGGCAGUGUCUCCCAAGUCGCAGCUUCCUGGGCCAUUGCACCUCUAAUCGCAGCUGGUUUCUCGGCCGUCAUUUUCGGUUCCCUCAAGUAUCUUGUCCUGGAGAGAAAGGAAUCCUUCAAGUGGGCCCUGAGGCUCAUUCCAUUCUAUUUUGCGACCACCGCCGCUAUUCUUGCUCUCUUUAUCGUUGUCGAAGCUCCAACUGCGCCCUCCCUUGAAGAGUUCGGCGCCGGCAAGGCUGUCGGUAUCAUUCUUGGCGUAUGGGCGGGCGUCCUGCUUAUCGCCUAUAUCUUUUUCAUGCCAUAUUUCGAACGUCGUCUCGUCAAGGAAGAUUCACGUAUCAAGUUCUACCACGUCCCACUUGGCCCUCUUUUGAGAAAGGAGAACCCCCCGUUGUAUUUCCCUGGCAAGGACGAUGGCAAAUAUGUGAUCGACUACUACGAGGAUCCAUACGCCCAAUCUGACUCCACCAUCGACUCCGUCACAGAGAAGAAGGCCACCAAUGGUGAUGGCCCUGUUGCAGAUUCGUCUGCUUUGGAGAAGGGCCCAGCUACCGAAAACGCGAACCCAGGAGCUGUUGCUCGUCGACGACCUCUAACUCCCGAAGAGCGAUUCCUUGAUCCCGUCAGACACCUUCCCUGGGGCAAUCCCCAGAGAUGGUGGGGAUACUUCAAAUUUGGCCUUCUGCAAGGUGUGACGCGCGAUUGCGUUUCGCAUGAUUCCGCAAAGCUGCGAGAUAUCCACGCCCGUGCCAACAAAUACGAUAUUCGCGUUGAACAUUUGUGGACCUACUGCCAAGUUGCCUCGGCCAUGCUCAUGUCCAUUGCCCACGGCAGUAACGAUGUUGCCAACGCCGUGGGACCCUGGGCUGCCACAUAUCAAACCUAUAGAGCAGGCGAGGUCGACACCGAAUCUGACACCCCGGUUUGGUUCUUGGUCAUCGCUGGUUUCCUGUUGGGUGCCGGCUUCUGGUUCUAUGGCUACCAUAUCAUUCGUGCCCUCGGCAACAAGAUUACUCAGAUGUCGCCUACGCGAGGAUUCAGUUGCGAACUCGGUGCUGCCAUCACUGUCUUGUUGGCGUCUCGACUCUCUCUCCCUGUCAGCACCACCCAGUGCCUUACUGGAUCAACCAUGGGUGUUGCACUUAUGAACUAUGAUUUUCAAGCUGUGAACUGGCGCCAACUGGCUUUUAUCUUCUGCGGUUGGGUGUUGACUUUGCCUUGCGCUGGAUUACUUGCUGGAUUGCUGUGUGUCAUGGCAGUGAACGCACCCUCAUUCUAG